CGGGCGCACAAACGCGUCCGGCCGGCUCGGUGACGCCUAUCCCUUUGUUCUCAAUCUGGGAGCGAAGAGAGCCAUCUCUAUCCGACACACGCAACAAUUUAUCCACCCACUCAACGACGUCGCCGAACAACCUGACUGGUGACCGUGUUCAACUACUGCAGUACAUACCGUGGAGUCCUGGGCAGCUGCCGAUAGAACACUAACUAUGGCUGACAGCAGCGACAGCUCCGGAAGCCCGGCCGAGGCUGCUUUCAUGGGGGUGGUGCUCACCGCCAUGUUCAUCUCCUUGUUCGUGGGAUUGAAGACGCCGGAGACCGUGGUUUUCUUCUGCCUGGUGCUGGUUUGGAACGUCGGGCUGGUGAACACAACAGAAGCGCUGUCGGGGUUCAGUAACGCGGGGAUGCUUGCGGUCGGCGCCCUCUUUGUCGUGAUCAAGGGUGUGGAGAAGUCCCAGCUCGCCGACAAAGCCGCCCGUCGAGUGUUCGGCCUUAGGACUUCCCUGGAGGCGGGGCUAGGCAGGAUGAUGUCUCUCUGCUUCGUCCUGUCGGCCUUCCUCAACAACACGCCGGUGGUCGCGCUCCUUAUCCCUAUUACUCGCGACUGGGCCCGGGCUCGCGGGUUCUCCCCUUCUAUUUUCCUAAUCCCGCUGUCCUACUCGUGUAUCAUGGGCGGACUGCUGACCGUCAUCGGGACGUCGACCAACCUGGUCGUGCAGGGCCUCGUCCUCGACGAGAAGCUAAGCGACCCCAGCAUCGAGGCCAUCGGUUUCUUCGAGCCCGGGUACAUCGGGGUCCCUCUGGGGGUCGUCGGGAUGCUGUACCUGGUGCUCUUCGCUCCUCGCGUGUUACCUUCGCGGGGCGGGCUUUUCCGAUACGUCCGGGACCGCGCCAAGGAGCUGCUUACCGAGGUCCAAGUGAUGGACGACUUCCCGUACAAGGGAGAGCCUGCGGGGCUCGUCCUCGCGAGGCUUGGUCUCCCUCAGGACACCCUCAUCAAGAUCCGGCGGAAGAUAUCUUCCGGAAUCCUGCGCCAGAUGAGCCAGAGCCUGGAGGAAAACGCCAGCCUGGGUUUCCCCACGUCGGCGCUCCACUCCAGUAGUGUCAAAGAGGGCGCCACCCACGACGAACAGGACGCGAACGCCAUCAUGGAGGUCAACCAGAAGACCUUCAGGGCCGAGUGCAUGUACAGCUACCGCAUGCGCGCGGAGUGCUUGUGGGGCACCAAGGACGACCUUGCCCAGGAAGAGAAGUGCAUCUCGCCCCUCGCCGGCUCUGCUGCGGCCGACGCCAGCGGCUCCGAAGCCCGCAAGCCCGGGAGGUUCUCGCGGAAGCGGUGGGUCAGCGACGCGGACGCACAGCGCUCAUCGAACGCCAUCGCCUCGGUGAACGGCAACAACGCCACGCCGAACGGUAACGCAUCGGCGACCGCUGCUGGUAACGGCGCGGCCGGCCAAGGGCACCCAAACGGUGGGUCACUCAACGCCGAGGGAGAGACCUACACCGACAUUUUCCCGGUGUCUGCCGCGGAGCCCGUUCAAGCCGGCGACGUGCUGUUCCUGAGUUGCGCACAGGCGAGAGAGGAGUUGUGUGACGCGUGUAGGAUCAUCACGGCAGCGACCAUGAUCGACUUCCAGGCGGUGACGGUCAGCCAGGGCCUCAAGGGCCUCAAGUUCCUGGACGUGAGCGCGCUCGACCUCCCCGGACACGGAACGGAGUUCUUCGAGAUCGUCCUCUCUGGACACAACCACUUCGUGGGCCGCUCCGCCAGCCGCGACAACGCGGAGUUCGCCGCCUACUACAACGUGAGCGUCGUCGCCGUGCGCCGCAGGGGGCAAGCGGAGGCCACGAAUCCGGGCUCCUCGGUCGCCGCCGCUCCCCCGUCCGCCUCCACGCGGCCGACCGGUUCGUCUUUCAAGUCGACGCGGGCGUCAGCGGCGGCGAUGGACGCCCCCGAGGUUUUCCUCGAGGAAGGCGUCGAGCCCGCGCUUGAUCCGGGCAGCAGAGAGGUGUCCCCGACGGGCUCCAUCUCGACGUCCGCCGGGCCAAAGACGCGCUCGCUGGUCUCCGCGAUGAGCGGCCGCGCCGCCGCUGCCGCCUCGCGGGGCACGCCACGGUCGCCGAUGAUGCGCAGGUCGAGGAAGAACACGUUGAUCCACGAGGACGAGAAGGACGUGACGGAGACGUCCUUCAAGGCCGGGGACGUGGUCCUCGUGCUCGCGAAGGAGGAGUUCAUGGAGAAGUACGGGGCUUCCAGAGACUUCUUCCUGCUGACCAAGGUCGGGUCGGUGCCGAAGCCCGUACGGUACUACGACUACCUGCCUCUGCUGGCGUUCGUGGGCAUGCUGGUCUGGGUGCUGCUCGACGCGGAAAUGGAGGGCGGUCUGGCUCGGACAUGCAGAAGGCACACAUACACGCCCGGGUUAGUCGUCGUGUCGUCGAAUUUACGGUGUCGCUUAAACCCGCCCUCGUGUCCGCAGGUGCAAGCGGCGUUCACCGCCGGCGCCAUCCUGAUCUUCGGGGGAUGGGUGGACGCGAAGAAGUCGGUAGGCUUUGUGGACUGGUCGCUCCUCCUGUUGAUCGGGAGCGCGCUGGGGCUCAGCAAGGGGAUCGUCAACUCCGGCCUCGCGGACUACGUGGGGGGAGCCAUCCGCAGCUCUGGCAUCAGCGCGGACGCGAGCCUGUUCGUGCUCUACGGCUUCACGAUGGUGAGCUACAAGCCGUUCAUCCUGACGGUGAUGUUGGCGGCAAGCAGCAGCUUCAUCACGCCCAUCGGGUACCAGACGAACACCCUUGUUUGGGGACCCGGCGGUUACAAGUUCACGGACUUCAUAAAGAUAGGCACCCCUCUAUCCUUGAUCUACCUUGUACUUGGGUCCUUGCUCGUGCCACAGAUUUUCCCGUUUUAGAUGAGAGGCAGAUUUUCCCCGUUGUAGAUGGGGGGGGGGGGGGGGNCGCUGCAUCCUGCUAAGGGUGUUCGGCAUCUUGUGCUUACUUCCUUGCAUACGGAUGACAGCUGCGUAUGACUUAAUUUAUUUUCUGGUGCUUCACUUCCAGAGACAGUUGCAAGCGCUGUGUAACUGCCUCGAGGGUGCGUGACCAUUUUAACACAACGUGGUGCGAUCAUCCCCCUUGCGCGGAGUGAGGGUUCUCGACCCCGCACAACAUGAUCUACUCGACCACCAUUGAAAGACGGGAGGAGGGAAAAUUGUUUUCGGCGUUGUCUUUCUUCCGAGGCCGUUGCGGUGGCUGUCGACCACCGACGAUGUUGUGGUGCGCAAGACGACCCGUGUUUUCUUUUCUUGUAUCGGCGUGCGGAUGGAGAUGAUGCGGGGUUUCCCAACCUGAAGAGAGGCGUCUUCUUUUUGCCGGCGUUUUUCGUUUUGUGGACAUUCCGUGUGCAAAGGUUUGGACUGUUGCCGUGCUGCCGGUGGGUGCAGUUGCUGCGUCGUAGGAGGGUUGGGUCAAGUCUCAGAAGCCUGCGUUUGCUUACCAGGGCUGGACAGACCCAACCGGUUCGGGGCGAACAGCGGUGACCUAGAGUUAUGAGGCAGCUAGAUACAUAGUAGGCUGUUCUUGCGAGCCUCGUGUGAUGAUCUGGGGCUAGUAUUGGAGUGUUGUGAUAUGUAGGCGCCCUCUUGCCACGUGUGUCGGGGAGGGGGGGGGGGGCAGGGGGGUAGGAUCCUCUGGUGACGAGCUUCGCGGGCCUCCCUGCACGCGCUCGGAUUGUUUCGCUCCUUCUCCCUCCCUCUCUCUCGGCAAGAAGGAGGAUAGAGAGGGGAUGUACAGAACGCAAGCCUGGAAAGGGAGGCAUAUCUCUUCCCGCGACGGAGAGUUGUGUGCGCGACGUGGGUGAGGCAAAAGCCACACGACGAUCAGCCGUUCGUGUAUAGAUGGGUGAAAGAUUAUUUUGUGUGGUACAUACGUAUGUCGUUUUCCGGUGGCGGUAGGGCAUCAAGGAGGGUUUCGUCGUCUCUGCGAUCGUCGAGCUCCUCGUGGAGGCCGUCGCCGAGCGAGAACAUUUUGCUGCUAGAGACUGGUCCUAAUUACUAGUCGGGAGAGAGAGAGAGAAUAUGCAUCUGCAUGCAUGCUGCGGCUGUUCGCCCUAAAACCUUGACAGACAUUUGUUGUAGCUCCGUACAAUUUAUGUCCUGUCGUGUUUGGUUUUUUUCCGCUGCGUUCCGAAGCCAGCCUUGUUGUUCUUUCCUUCGGUUUUUUCGUCUUUUUGCCAAAGCGUUUAAUGUGUCUGUUUCUCGUGUCGGUUUUUUGCUGUCAUCGUCUUUGACCAAAGCAAGGUCGCACGGCGAUCUUGUAGUAAACUAUGACUGUCCAAAGAUAUCAGUGUACAUCUGGACUAUUGUGGGUGUUUAGAGGCCAAGGUUUGUUUCGCUGGCCCCGUGUCGGCAUUCAACCAAAAUAAAACACUGUGAAAUCGUAGCUACUUUAUCCUGGACUCUGCCUGUAUAUAGCAAGAAUUGUGUGUUUCGGAAGAAAAAUAUUUGAACAAAAUAUAUCAGAGAUAACGAAAGAACCGACAAGAUGGCCUUCUUCGAUUCACUUCUUUUAGUUAACGGGUGCACCCCGUCCUCCACGUCUCACCCACUACUCUUCAUGUCUGAACAACUCUUCUAUCGUCUCUAUGCCAUUGGCUCUUCUCGCGGAGGAUGGACGUUCAGAAUGGGGUGGGAGCAGCUGCUAUUUCCCUCGAGACACUCUCACCAUGUUUCGUCUCUUGCUUACCCUUCCUUCCAAAACACGCCCGCUCGGACGGGGGCUAAAACCCUCACCCCCUAGAAGCAAUUCCAACACCGAGGACGACUGCAUCGCUCAACAAGCCGCUCCACUACCCUGGGACAACGCCAUGACCUACCUAUUCCCCCGUGUCCAAACAACGUUACCCCGAAAACACAGUCACUCUUCGUCCCAGGGGGUGGCAGCAGGUCGGAAUAGCGGGGUUUCUCCCACAAAACGUGAUACGCGAACAGGGUGGGGUGGGUGUCGUUCCGACUUGCACACCGCACGAAAAGGGCACCAAGAGGAAGAGAGCCGUGAGCAAGGAAUUGAAGGACACACGAAACAGCAUGUAUGUAAGUGUUCCUGGCACAAGCAAGGUAUAGAGAAUGAAAGCCAGCGAAGCACUGACACAGGAGGAAUCCGACAGCAAACAGUGUUGACUUUGGUCUCGUAGCAGCCAGUGUGCUCAAGAAUCGACACAAACUAAUAUGCUUGGCGCGGGAAAUGAAACAAAACGGGAAACAGAACAAGACCAAAACACAACCCAUCAGAAAAGCAAUAAAAUGUUCAUGCCAAAUUCAUCACAAAAUCACGGUGAGACUCGAAAGCAUCCCUCGACAAACUCUUCGUAAGAAUGUCUGCACGCUGGUACGGCGACGGCACGUGGAUGACCGAAAUUUCCUUCCUCUCUACCAGUUCCCUGAGAAAAUGGUGCCUUACAUCUAUGUGCUUCGAGUUCGAGUUUGAGAUGGGGUUCUGCGCAAGUUGAAUCGCCCCCGGGUUGUCCUCGAAGACGGGGAUGCACGGCAUGCCGACCUGCGGCAACAUGAAACGCCAAAUCUGCCUCAAAAACAAAAUCUCCUUCUUCACUACGUCACCUAGCGCGACGUACUCUGCUUCGGUGGUCGAAAGCGUGACACACUUCUGCGUUCUGGAAAACCAAGAAACAGCGCCUCCUCCACACGUCACGACCCCCCCUGAUACCGACCUACGGUCUGCUGCCUU